ACAUACUCAAAAGGAUACGUCUGUCAUUAUACGCGUAUAUCCCCUUAUACUUAUCACGUUAUCUUGGAGCCUGUGAGACGUUAGUAAUUAGCUCUGACCAGCCCGAAAGCCAUGGACGACGCCACCAGACGUUUGCGCGUGGUGUCAGGACAUUUCCAUGUUCACAAGCCACAAUCACUGCUGGAGGUGCCGUUCGACGUGAAGGAGCUUCAGCGCAUUUUGGACCAUGACAACCAUGAUCACCGCCAGGCCAUGAAAGAGUUCAUGAAGGAUGACCUCUACGUCCCUCAGUACGACAUCAGCCUCCGCGAGGAGCGCGAGCUCGCCCUGCAGCGGCUGCAGCGCGUGUGCCGUGCGGGUUUCAUCUCCGUCUCCGACUUCCGCCACAACCCGCUGCGCAUCUUCGCGGCUCACGAGGUGGCGGCGCUGUGCGACCCCAGCAUGGGCACCAAGAUGACGGUGCAGUUCAACCUGUUUGGCGGCACGGUCCUGAAGCUGGGCACGGAGCAGCACCACGGCCCCUUCCUGACCCAGAUCGACUCGCUGGACGCGGUGGGCUGCUUCGCGCUCACGGAGCUGGGGUUCGGCAACAACGCGGUGGAGAUGCAGACCACUGCCGAGUACGACAGCGUGCGGCAGGAGUUCAUCAUCCACACGCCGGGGUCGCUGGCGCAAAAGUAUUGGAUUACCAACAGCGCCGUACACGCGCAGUGGGCGGUUGUGUUUGCGCAGCUAACGGUCAACGGUCGGCAGGAGGGCAUCCACGGCUUCUUGGUGCGCAUCCGCAACCCUGACAUGAGCGUGUGCCCCGGUGUGCGAGUGGAGGACAUGGGGCACAAGAUGGGCUGCAACGGGGUGGACAACGGCAAGCUCUGGUUCGACCACGUGCGUGUGCCCCGCACCGCCCUCCUCAACGCCUCCUCCCAGGUUUCCCCCGACGGCCGCUUCACGUCCUCCGUGUCCCGCCCGCGCGACCGCUUCCUGCGAGUGGCCGACCAGCUGCUGAGCGGGCGGCUGUGCAUCGCAGCCAUGAUGCUGAGCGGUAGCAAGCUGGCACUGGCCAUUGCGUUCAGGUACGCCUCCAGCCGGCUGUGUGUCGGACCCACGGGUCGCUCCGACACCCCCAUCCUGGCCUACCAGCUGCAGCAGCGGGCGCUGGUGCCGCUGCUGGCUCGCACGUUGGCUCUGGGGGUGGGGCUCAACUACGUGAAGGAGCGGUGGGCGGCGGCCAGCGGGUUCGCGCCGGGGCAGCAGGUGGAUCCCACGACCGCCACCGAGGUUGUGGUGCUGUGCUGCGCCAUCAAGCCGCUGUGCUCGUGGAACAUCGAGCAGUGCGGCACCGUGUGCCGGGAGCGGUGCGGGGGGCAGGGCUACCUGUCGGUCAACAGGUUCGGCUCCAUCAUUGGCUUCGCGCACGCCGGCAUGACGGCGGAGGGGGACAACAGGGUCCUCAUGCAGAAGGUGGCCAAGGAGCUGCUGGGGCUGUCCGGUCGGCUGCCGGGGCUGCGGGAGCGGGUGGCGGGGGCGGCGCUGCCCGCACUGCCGCCAAACACCCUGGCGGCGGUGGCGGCGGGGCCCACGGGCUCCGCUGCGCUCUCCCUGCUGGGCGACCUGGCGCUGCUGCGGCGGCUGCUGGCGGUGCGGGAGGGGCGCCUGAUCAGGCAACUGGGGGCGGCCAUGGCGGCAGCGGCAGCAGCCAGCAACGCGGGAGGCAGCGGGGCCGCCGGGGGGGCUCAGGAGGCGACGUUUGAGACCUGGAUGAAGCGGGAGAGCGAUCUGGUGCAGGCCACCGCGUUGGCCUUUGCCGAGCGCGAGGUGCUGGACGCCUUGAUGCGACUGCUGGGCCUGCAGCCGCAACCGCAGUCCGCCCCCUCCUCCUCCUCCUGCCCCCCGCCGCUGUCUGCCGGGGUGGCGGGUGUGAUGCGGAGUGUGGCGGUGCUGUUCGCGCUGCGGGCGGUGGAGGCGGACCUGGCCUGGUUCAUUGCGGAGGGGGAGCUGCCCGCAAAGGCGGGUCGCUCCGUGCCCGAGGCGGUUCGCUCGGCGGUGCUGUCUCUCUCCCCGGGCGCCUGCUGGGGGCUGGUGGAGUCGUUCGGCAUCCCCGACCACCUGGUGGCGGCGCCCAUUGCCGGCGACUGGGCGACGUACAACCAGGUGGACAACAAGGGGGAGCUGUUCGGAGCGGAUGUGUAGCGGGCGGAUGUGUAGGGGUCCCGCAGCUGCUGCUGCUGCUAGGUGGGCCAGUCAGCGGUGGUGGGCUGGUGUGAGGGGCGGAGGGGAAGAUGGAGUGGGGCGGGGUUGGGAGAUGGGGUGAAGGGAGAUGGAGGAGGGUGAGGAAAGGAGGGACAGCGGGAGCUGCCGCGGGGUUGUCUUUCAUAACCGACCAUCAUCACGGGCUUUUGGUUUCCUUGUAUCUGGCGUCACAAAAGAUUCGGUUUAUAGCAAAAAACAACACUGUUCGGAGCUCCUGGGUGGCAUCACGGCGCAGAGUAAGAUUACAUGUUGGUACGCCGUGCAUGUUAUCGCGGUGUGCAAAUCUCGUCGUAGAGAUGUAGCCAAGAGUGUUUAUAGGGUUAUGUUUGCAGUCCACCCGUGCCGCUUCUGUCGUCAUCUGGUAUCAUAAAAGAAGCGAGACACACGUGCACACCAGCGCAUGUGGGCUGUGCAAAAAAGGAUACGGGUUAUGCGGUUAGAUGCGCUGCUGACCCAUGGGUCAGCUGGUGUGCCAUCCACGUGCACUGAUUGCUGCUGUGUGGAUAUAGCGCUACGGAUUGCGCUUCGCGCAAUGGAAUAUACCUGGCCUCGCACACCAUAAAUUGUAUCGUACAUUGAAUUGUUUUGUCGUAUUUGUGCUUGUUUGUCUUUCGGAUGAGAGGAAAGCGUGGGCAUUGCAGUGUACGUAUACUGUACGAGUACGGCUUUAUGUCCUUGCUUUUGUUUUUGUAUGACGGUUUGUCUUUUCGCGAAAUCCACUCUGCCGCCCCCCUUCGUGUACGUCGUGUACUGUGUAACUGUCCUGAUGGUACCUCGGUUCGUAACUUGUUAUCUGCUUGCGGCGUUUGUGUGGGCUGAGGAUGUAUGGUGAAUGAACAAGUGUGUGCAACCAACUAAAACGCGCAGGAGCCUAAGAGCUGGACACGUCUGUUUUUAUCCCUGGAUUGCGGCUGUUGGUAGAGAAGUCCGGACAUGUAAAAGAGGUCGAGGAGGUAGGGACCCUUGCAAGUUGGAUAUACCCAUGAGCUUUGCAGGGAAGCUGUGAGAACACCUCAUAACCGCCUGUUUACUUGCAAGCAACGGCU